UUUUUUUUUUUUAUUUAUUAAAGAAAAAAACUGUUAUCACACACAUAUAUACACACAUAUACAUAAACAUCUAAAUACUUCUAAAUAACAUGGACAUUCAAAGUUUGCUAUGUAAUACAAACCAAUCAUUGGAAAUUAGUACUACUAAAUCACCAACAUACAAACAAAUUCAUGAACGUCAGUCAUCUUGGUCGUCAUAUUCUUCAUCGCCUGACAGCCCAAUGAGUUUAUCUAGUAACUCCUCAUUAUUUUACUCAAUUCCAUCUUCACCGGAAAUUGAUUCUCCCUCACCACCUUCACCUACUCGCGGCACUCGUCCAACCAACCAGACGCGUACACCAUGGUCCAGUGACGAAGAUAUUCUAUUACAACAAGGUUACUCUCAGGGUUUAUCUUGGGCGAUGAUCUCAACUGUCUAUUUACCUCACCGUUCUCGUGGUUGCUGUUGGGGCCGUUUCAAAACCUUGCAAUCCAAGUCAUUAGAUCAAAGAGAAUGGACGGAUGCUGAAGAUCGACUUCUUAUGCUUGCUAUCAAGAAGAACUCCAGAUUGUUUAAACAGGCUUGGAAAACUGUUGCUCAAGAUAUGGGAAACCGCAAUUGGAAAGAAUGUGAGCAACGCUCUAUCUCAAAGGCAUCACUAUCGUUUUAUUCAUGAAUUAACGAACCUUAUGCAUUUUUUCCUUUCCCCCCUUUUUUUAAACACCCCGCAUUACUUUUCUUCUAUGACUAUGUUUCCGAUACCUUCUUUAAAAAAUCCACAUGAAUAUGCCCUGGUGGGCCACACAUUUUGACGUUACUUGUAAUUAUCAAAAAA